AUGGGUUGGUUUUGGGGUGACGACAAAAAUGACCCGGUCAAGAAGCUUGAGCCGGGUCUUCGUGAAUAUCUUGAACAGGAGACACCCAAUAAAUACGUGCCGGCAAGCGAUGCGAAGCAGCCAACAUCUACACCCACGCAGGCACCCCAACCACAAGAGCAAGCCGAUCCAUCGAAGCCCGCGGUCCCAUCUGCAUCGCUGUACCAAGAUGGCCGCUAUGCAGACCUGUGGAAGACCUACAAGCCGCCAACCAAUAUCGAUGGACAAUCCGGAGCCCGCGGGGCGGAGCGAGUGAUCGAGCAUCACAAAGAGCGCGGCGACACGGUGCAGCGAGCGGCGAUGGAAAACUGUGCGCUGGAGCACGAGGCCCUGACAUUUUGCUUCCAAACAGGGAACUGGCGCAAGCAGAUCGAGUCUCGAUUGACCAUGUGCUCGGCAGAGAAUGCCACCUUCUCACGAUGCUUUACAACCCAGAGCAAAUUCCUCCAGGCCCUGGGCUACGCCUCGUCCUUCGACUAUGAUCGCACCAAGGAGGAGCGGAUCCAGAUGCACGCCGACAAGCUCUACCAUCAGAUGCUGGACUACGAGAAGCGAGUGGAGGAGGCCAAGGCUGCCGGCACGGAAGUUCCACCCGUUACAUCCCUCUUCCAGCCCGAGAAGGGGCCACAGCCCCCGUCUCAAGGUCAAGGGCCCGAAGGCAGCAAGUCCAAGGUUGUGAUCCCUGGGGACGAGCCCAUCCCAGAAGGUUUCAAGCCGUCCAAGCCACUGUGGCAACUCACACCACACCAGAGGGAACUAGAGAUUCGAGCUCACAAUGCUCACUUGGACCAACAGAAGCUCUAUUUCGAGGAGGCCAGUCCGUUCGUGAAGGCUCAGGAAGAUACUCGGACGAAACGGCAGGAGAAGGCCGUGAGUUGGUUUGGCGAGACGAUUGGCAAGUGGGUUUCGUAG